UGAUUAAUUGAUUUAACCCGAUAUUUAUCAUCUUCCUCGGUAUUUGUGUAAACGGGCUUUUGGGUUUUGCUUGUCUGGGUGCCUCAGAUCCAUGGCGAUGGAUUCUGAUAUUCUUCUCAUCGUACUGGGAUUCUAGGGUUUUGGGCUGUUUUUCAACUGUAGAGUUAUUGUAAUUUUAAAAUUUUAUGUGCAUGUUGCUUCUGUUUAGGAUUGUUUUUCUUUUUUAGUGUUGGCAAAGAUCUGACUUGGGUUUGGAGCUUGGUUUUUGCAUUUCUGCUGGAAUAUAAAGUUUGGAAUUUGAUUGGUUGCUAUUAGAUUCUUGUCAUGGAUUGGACGUCAAAGGCAGGGUAGCAAGUGAUUGGAGUGGUUGAAGUUUGUUUCAUGGAUGGAGUUGAGAGUCUCUGCUAGUUGUGCUCUGUAAUUUAGUACUUGGCUCGAAGUUUUACAAUGAUUGGAUGGACCAAUCUACUUAUGUUCAGGAGAUAAAUAUUAAAUUUAACAGGGUAAAUAGUUUACCCUACAAUGGCAUCCAAUUGGAUAUGAUUGGAAGCAUCAGAUUACUAUCAGUUAGUGCUUAAAGUUGGAUCAUGUAGUAGUCAUGUCGAGAAGUUAGGUUGAUCUGCGUUAGUGUAUUGGAAUAGCCUGUGCGACUCACCUUAUCAGGACCUUCAUUGGAUGUACUUUCGUUUAACUAUUUAUGUUCUCCAAAGACGGUAAACUAGGUUCAUGUACCUAUCAGGACGCUGAUGCACUGGAACCAUAUUUACCUGGCCUCCUGCUCUAGUUCUUUAUGCCUUUGUUCAUUCCUUUUCUUUUGUUGCCCCUAAGUUCUAGGUCCUUUCUCCUGUUGUGAGCUUGUCUCUCUUUUUUCUCCCCCGUCUUUAAAGUACUUCCGUAUUUCCUUUCAUCCUGAGGCGGUGGUUCGCUCAGUUCGUGAGUCUAGUUUUGUUAAAUAGUUCAGGAAGGCCCUCCAUAAUUGUUAUUAGUAAGACAGAUCCAUCGUUUCCAAAAAAGUCUUUGCACUGGAAAUUUCGUUUGUCCAAGAGUCAAUGGCUAAUUUGGAAUCUGCUAAUCCUAGUGCUAACAAUAUGUUGGGCGUUCUACAUCGGUUGCUUCCUGUUGUUGGACCGGCGCUUCUGAUUUCAGUUGGAUAUCUUGACCCUGGAAAGUGGGCGGCAACUGCUGAAGCAGGUGCCCGUUUUGGCUCUGACCUGGCAGCAUUGAUGCUUAUUUUCAAUUUUGCAGCUAUUUUAUGUCACUAUCUGUCAGCUCGGAUUGGUGUAGUCACUGGAAGAGAUCUUGCGCAGAUAUGCAGUGAGGAGUAUGACAAAGGCACAUGCAUAUUCUUAGGAGUUCAAACAGAGGUUUCUGUGAUUCUGUCGGACCUUACCAUGAUCCUCGGUAUCGCACAUGGACUUAAUCUUCUGUUUGGGUGGGACUUGUUCACUUGCGUGUUUUUGACUGCUGUUAAUGCUGUUUUGUACCCUCUUUUUUCCACCCUCCUGGAGACUUGCAAGGCGAAGGUCCUAUGCGUAUGCAUUGCGGGAUUUAUACAGCUUUCCUUCGUUCUUGGAGUAAUUAUCAGUCAACCAGAAAUGUCAUUUUCCAUGAAUGGGAUGCUAACAAAGCUGAGUGGGGAGAGUGCCUUUGCAUUGAUGAGUCUUCUUGGAGCAAGUAUAAUGCCUCACAGUCUCUAUCUUCAUUCUUCGAUUGUGCAGCAGUAUCAGUGUCAGCCAACUGUUUCCAGGGAUGCUUUGUGUCACCACCAUUUAGUUGCCAUCUUGUGCAUCUUUAGUGGUAUUUAUCUGGUGAAUUAUGCCCUUAUGACCUCAGCGGAGAAUGAAUACUCAGGCCUUGGUUUGCUUACAUUUCAGGAUGUAAUGUCACUAAUCGGACAGGUCUUUUGGGGUCCAAUAGUAUCUGGUGCCUUCCUGCUGGUUCUCUUUGUUUCAAAUCAAAUCACAACAUUAAGCUGGAGUCUGGGUGGACAAGUAGUUUUGAAUGAUUUUUUGAAACUAGACCUUCCUGGUUGGCUUCAUUGUGCCACAAUCAGAAUUAUUGCUAUUGUUCCAGCUCUUUAUUUCGUUUGGAGUUCAGGAGCUGAAGGGAUGUAUCAACUUCUUAUAUUCACACAAGUGUUGGCAGCUCUGCUACUGCCAUCUUCUGUGAUCCCUCUUUUUCGAAUUGCUGCUUCAAGACCAAUAAUGGGUGUCCAUAAAGUUUCUCAAUUUGUUGAAUUUUUAUCCCUGAUUACACUAAUUGGGAUGCUUGGAUUGAAAAUCAUAUUUGUAGUAGAAGUGAUUGUUGGGAAUAGUGAUUGGGUUAAUAAUUUGAGGUCGAAUGCCGGGAGUAGUAUGUCUGUUCCUUGUGUACUUCUACUCACUGCUUGUGCAACAUUUUGUUUGAUGAUUUGGCUGGCAGCUACCCCAUUAAAAUCUGCAAGUGCACGAUUAGAGGCUCAGGUGUGGAACUGGGAUAUGCAUGUGGGUUCACCUGAUUCAAUAACAAAGAAAGAGGAGAUCAAUAUUUCUGAACCUAAAUAUCAUAGAGAGGUAAGUGUCCAGAAGCAUGAACCAUCACCAUCAUUUGGGAGGGCUUUGGAUAGUGAUUCAGAAGUAGCGAGUUUUGAUCUUGAUCUGCCUGAAACUAUCACAGAGCCUGAUGAGGAGCAUCACCUAACUACUGUAGUGGAAAAUGGUUCUCGUAUUACCUUUCCUCACUCCCCUAAAUGCCAUAUGGAGGGAUCCACAUCUACAGCGGAGUCAACUCCAGUCUCAACUGUGGUUAAUGAGGUUUCUGAUGUUACAUUGGAGGGCACCAGUGCAUUGAAGAUCGAAUCAACAGAGCCAAUUGAAAAGACUGUUGGAGUUGAAGGAGUUGAAGGAGACUUACCAAAUGAAAAAGAUGAUGAUGAGGGAGAUACCUGGGAGCCUGAAGAUUCAUUGAAAGGGGUUUCUGAGAGCACUGCUCCAUUGACAUCUGAGGGUCCAGGAUCAUUUAGGAGUCUAAGUGGAAAAGGUGACGAAGGGGGGAGUAGUGCUGGUAGCCUUUCUAGAUUAGCAGGGUUGGGGCGUGCUGCGAGACGUCAACUAGCUGCAGUACUUGACGAAUUUUGGGGACAGCUGUAUGAUUUCCAUGGGAAUGUAAUUCAAGAAGCAAAGGCUAAGAAACUGGAUCUUUUGUUGGGGUUAGAUUCAAAGGCUGCGUCCUCCUCGUUGAAAGUUGAUACUAGUGCAAAGGAGCUUUCCGGAUAUUUUCCAUCUGCAGGAGGCAGAGGAUCUGAUCCUAUUAUGAACUCAAGUUUAUACGACUCUCCGAAGCAGCAGAGGGUUCAAAGCAGUUUAGAGUCAUAUGGGGUCCAAAGGGGAUCUUCCUCAUUGUUGCCCAGCCGUGUGCAGUUGUUGGAUGCCUAUAUGCAAAAUUCAAGCCGCAGCGUUAUUGACUCUGGUGAGAGGCGCUAUUCAAGUGUGCGCAGUCUCCCGUCUUCUGAGAGUUGGGACUACCAGCCAGCCACAAUACAUAGUUGUCAUCCCUCAUAUCUCAAUCGAAUUGCAAAGGACAGAGGUUUUGAUAAUUUGAACGGUCAAAUGGAGUCAGCAGCCCUACAAUCUGCUUCUUCAUUGGGUGCUGCAAACUACAGAGAUUCACUUGCAUUUACCAUGGGGCAGAAGUUACAAAAUGGGUUAGGCUCUGGGCAGGCCUCCAGUUUCCAAAAUCUUACAGUAUCUAGAAAUAGUCCGUUGCAAUCUGAAAGACCGUAUUAUGAUCUGCACCCUUCUGGAAUUGCUGAGAAUGUGGUAAGUUCAGCAAAUGCAAAGAAAUACCAUAGUUUACCCGACAUUCACCGGGAUCUUUACAUGCCGGAGAAAAGUGCCAACUGGGAAAGUCCUGUGGGGUAUGGAUCAUCUACUGGGAUAACAAAUUAUGAAUCAUCCUUGUAUUCAAAUUCUGGAGCACGAACAGGAGCUCCUUUGGCAUUCGAUCAACUCUCUCCAUCACAAGUCUACAGAGAUGCUUUUUCAUCACAGCAAAAUUCUAGUUUUAACACUGGAUCCCUCUGGUCUAGACAGCCUUUUGAGCAAUUUGGUGUAGCUGAUAAUAAUCGUACUAUUGGGAGCGGAGGAUUUGGUUAUCGGGCAGGUUCUGUAAGUCAAGAAGCUACUUCAGUUGCAGAUUCAGAGGCCAAGCUUCUUCAGUCGUUCAGGCAUUGCAUUGUGAAACUUUUGAAAUUGGAAGGAUCUGACUGGUUGUUUACGCAGAAUGAUGGGGUUGAUGAGGAUCUAAUUGAUCGCGUGGCUGCAAGGGAGAAAUUUCUUUAUGAAGCUGAAACUAGAGAGAUGAAUCGAACAGUUCACAUGGGUGAGCCUCAGUACCAUCCUUCUGAUAGGAAGUCUGUUUCUGCAUUGAAGAAUAAUGAUGCAAAUUGCACCUCUUUUAUGGUUCCUACUUGUGGGGAGGGUUGUAUUUGGAGAUCAGAUUUGAUAGUAAGCUUCGGGGUCUGGUGUAUCCAUCGUAUUCUUGAUUUGUCACUCAUGGAAAGCCGGCCAGAGCUAUGGGGGAAAUAUACCUACGUCCUCAACCGACUUCAGGGGAUUAUUGAUUCAGCAUUUUCAAAGCCUCGCACUCCAAUGUCGCCAUGCUUCUGCCUUCAAAUUCCUGCAGUACACCAGCUGAAGUCAAGUCCAUCUUUUUCAAAUGGAAUACCCCCUGCUGCAAAACCAGCCAGGGGAAAAUGCACAACGGCAGUAACGCUUCUAGACAUAAUCAAGGAUGUGGAGAUUGCAAUAUCUUGUCGUAAGGGCCGAACGGGGACAGCAGCUGGCGAUGUAGCUUUCCCGAAGGGAAAAGAAAAUCUGGCGUCUGUACUCAAACGCUACAAGCGUCGAUUAACCAACAAAACUGCUGCCGCUCACGAGGGUCCUGGUUCACGCAAGGUUCAGACAUCUGCUCCUUAUGGGUCAUAGCUUUCAUAGACAAACACAGUAUGUCUCAACUGGGUUAUUGAGCUGUUUGAUUUUGGAAAACGGCUCAUCUUCUGGAUCAAAACCCUCAGUUAAGGCAUAAUUUCUCUCAGUGUAUCAAAAGCCAUUGCUGCAAUUUGUAUUUCCUUGUAUGUUAACAUAUGCAUAGGUAAGAAUUGCUGGAUCUGUAAUUGCAGCAUUAUCAAAGAAAAUGGGUAGAAGGUUGAAAAUUGGUUAUUUUGCAA